AUUAUGUUAUUAAAAAAAUCCCUGGAAUUUUUGGGGCUCCUUUCCACCUAAACCCUGUGACUGAGAGAGGGUUUUACUUCUCUUCUAGAUUGCUAGGGCUUCCAUUGCAGUCUGUACAGACUGAGCUCGCCAUAACGAAAAUGGGGAAGAAGUUCUCCGGCAGAAGAGGAGGAGGCAGUUCCCUCUCUCAAUCAAAGCGAAACAUGCUCCUCCGUCGCGUCGAUUCCUUCAAGCACUUCCAUUCCUCCACCCUCGACGAAAUCGUCGAUCAUCUCCGUUCCUCUUACCCUGAUUACAAGCGUUCCCAGCUCCAACCUUUCACCAGGUUCGUCCAACAAACCCUAGACUCCACACCCCGCCGCCCCAAGAACCCAUCUUUGAUCUUCGACGACGAAUGUGGUGGAACGAGCACCUCCUCCCGUAAGAAGCCUAAGAAGGGGGCUCCUGAUGAGAGCGAGGAGAGAUUGCGACGGUUGGAGGAAGUUCAUGUAGCCAGGAUUCGGCAGAGCGGUCAAGACAGUUCGUCUGAGUCGGAGGAGCCUUCGUCGUCGGAGGAAGGGUCUGGCGAGAGCGAUGAGGUGACCUCGGAGGACGCUGUCUAUGGGGAGCAGAUGGAGCCGAAGUUUGACCUUAUGAAAGCGAUGCUUCGGGAGUCGUAUAAGGAUCCUAAUAGCGCUACAGCCAAGUCUAAGGUGGUGGAGAAGGAGAAGAAUAUUGAGAUGGAGCUUCCUGAUCGUGAAAAGGUUGGGUUUUCGAGUGAUGGCCGAGCACCAAAUAGGUUGCCUAAUGAGUCGAAGAAGGAAGCAAAGGGUUCAAGUUCGGUGACGGAUGUUGAGGUGAAGGGGAAUGAUGGUCCGAGGUUUAAGGAUUUGGGUGGUAUGAAGGAGGUGCUGGAGGAGCUUGAGAUGGAAGUUAUCGUGCCACUUUACCAUCCUCAGCUUCCACGGUGGCUUGGAGUUCGACCCAUGGCGGGUAUUCUCUUGCAUGGUCCUCCGGGCUGUGGCAAGACCAAAUUAGCGCACGCCAUUGCCAAUGAGACUGGAGUACCAUUUUACAAGAUUUCUGCUACUGAAAUCGUCUCUGGUGUCUCAGGUGCAUCUGAAGAAAAUAUAAGGGAGCUUUUCUUGAAAGCACAGAGGACAGCCCCGUCGAUUGUAUUUAUUGAUGAAAUUGAUGCUAUUGCUUCAAAAAGAGAAAAUUUACAAAGAGAGAUGGAACGGCGAAUUGUAACACAACUGAUGACUUGCAUGGAUGAAUCUCACAGGCUGGUAAAGCCAACUGAUGAAAAUACAGAAUCACAAUCUCAUGGUUAUGUUCUUGUUAUUGGAGCUACUAACAGACCUGAUGCUGUUGAUUCUGCACUUAGGAGACCUGGGCGUUUUGAUCGAGAGAUUGUCUUAGGUGUGCCAGAUGAAAAUGCAAGAGCUGAGAUUCUUUCUGUCCUUACUAGAGACCUAAGGGUUGAAGGUUCGUUUGAUCUAUUGAAAAUAGCAAGGGCUACCCCAGGUUUUGUUGGAGCUGAUUUGGCUGCGCUGGCUAACAAGGCAGGUAACCUUGCAAUGAAAAGAAUUCUAGAUGAAAGAAAGUCUAAGUUAUCAAGAAAUUGUAUAGAUGAGGAGUAUAAUGAAGGGUGGUGGAAGGAACCUUGGCUUCCAGAAGAAAUGGAAAGGCUUAACAUCACUAUGGCUGAUUUUGAGGAAUCUGUUAAACUGGUUCAACCUUCUUCAAGAAGAGAAGGAUUCUCUGCCAUUCCCAAUGUAAAAUGGGAAGAUGUUGGUGGUCUAGAUCUUUUGAGGCAAGAGUUCGAUCGAUAUGUUGUUAGGCGUAUUAAACAUCCUGAGGAAUAUGAGGGUUUCGGAGUAGAAUUAGAGACAGGAUUUUUGCUGUAUGGGCCUCCAGGAUGUGGCAAGACAUUGAUAGCAAAAGCUGUUGCUAAUGAAGCAGGAGCUAACUUCAUUCAUAUUAAGGGUCCUGAACUUUUGAAUAAAUAUGUUGGCGAAAGUGAACUGGCAGUACGGACAUUAUUUAGACGUGCGAGGACUUGUUCACCAUGCAUACUUUUCUUUGAUGAGGUGGAUGCCUUGACAACCAAGCGCGGAAGAGAAGGUGGAUGGGUUGUUGAGCGGCUCCUGAACCAGCUACUCAUAGAGUUAGAUGGUGCAGAUCAGCGGCGAGGUGUAUUUGUAAUUGGUGCCACAAAUAGACCUGAAGUUAUGGACAAUGCUCUUCUCCGGCCUGGAAGGUUCGGCAAGCUUCUCUACGUACCUCUGCCAAGUUCUGAUGAACGUGGUUCGAUCUUGAAAGCUUUAGCAAGGAAGAAGCCAGUAGAUGCUAGUGUGGAUUUGAAUGCCAUUGGACGGAUGGAGGCGUGUGAGAAUUUUAGUGGCGCCGACCUAUCAUCACUGGUAAAUGAAGCUGCUAUGGCUGCUCUUGAAGAGAAACUGACUACAACAGAAGCCAGAUCGGAAGGAGCUGUAUGUACCAUCAAAACACCUCACUUUGAGCUCGCCCUGACUAAAUUAUCUCCGUCGGUUAAUGUCAAGCAAAAACAGUACUACAAGAUAUUAUCAGAGAGCUUCCAAUCAGGAUGAAAGCAAAAGCAAAAGCAAAGCAGUGAGUUUUCAGUUCAUUUCAUUUCAUUUCCUUUGGUAGAGGUUGUUGUGAAUGUUCAUAAGGGGGUUGGUUACAACUAAAGAUACCAUAGGGGAAAUGUCACAAAAUUUUGAUAUGUUCUUUACAUAAUAGUUUUGUUUGUUGAGUUUUAAAGGUGGGGGUAGCUUUACAUCAUCCAACUUUGAGAUAAAAUUUUGUGUCCAAUUUUUUAUUCAAUUUUAUUCAUAUAAUUUAUAAAUUGUAUUAUUAUAUUAUAUUAAGGGAGAGCUAUCAUUUUCAUUUGCCAAAUUACAAGAACAAUUUUGGUUUGAUGUAGUUUGAAUUGCUUUAUUUUCUUAUAAGAGAGAUUUGUUUCCCUUCCA